UAGGUGGGGCGGCGGUUGGGGAGGGGGGAGAAGGAGAAGCCCGUGGGGAAGCGGCAGAUCAGAGGACAACAGAUCAAGAAGAAGAAAGAAGAGAACAACAAAUCAAGGAGGAAAAUAAUUAGGGCGACGAUGUUUCGGUGGGCGGCGCGGCGGUGGAUGAGCAACGUGCCGGAGGGGGCGGUGUACGGGGGGCCGCGGGAGCAGAGCUUGGGGCGGCGGGUGACGCUGGGUCAGCUGCGGCAGAAGCAGCGGCGCGGGGAGGCGAUCACGAUGGUGACCGCGUACGACUACCCGUCGGCCGUGCACGUCGACCGCGCCGGCGUCGACGUCUGCCUCGUCGGCGACUCCGCCGCCAUGGUCGUCCACGGCCACGACACCACCCUCCCCAUCCCCCUCGACCUCAUGCUCGCCCACUGCCGCGCCGUCGCCCGCGGCGCCCCCCGCCCCCUCCUCGUCGGCGACCUCCCCUUCGGCUCCUACGAGUCCUCCCCCUCCCAGGCGGUGGACUCAGCGGUGAGGAUGCUCAAAGAAGGGGGCAUGGACGCGAUCAAGCUUGAAGGCGCAGCACCGUCGAGGAUAACAGCCGCAAAGGCAAUCGUUGAGGCGGGGAUCGCUGUCAUGGGCCAUGUGGGGUUGACGCCGCAGGCCAUCAGCGUGCUCGGUGGGUUCCGGCCCCAGGGGAAGACGGUUGAAAGCGCCAUUAAGGUGGUGGAGACAGCACUUGCCUUGCAGAAGGCAGGGUGCUUCUCGAUUGUGUUGGAGUGCGUGCCAGCACCUGUGGCGGCAGCCGCUACCAAGGCCUUAGAGAUUCCCACUAUAGGGAUUGGUGCAGGGCCGUUCUGCAGUGGCCAGGUAUUAGUUUACCACGACUUGCUGGGAAUGCUGCAACAUCCUCAUCAUGCCAAGGUAACCCCUAAAUUUUGUAAGCAGUUUGGACAUGUGGGUGAUGCCAUCAACAAGGCACUGUCAGAGUAUAAGCAAGAAGUGGAGAGCCGGUCUUUUCCCGGUCCGGCUCACACUCCAUACAGAAUAAGUGAUGCCGAUGUCGAUGGGUUUCUUAACGAGCUACAGAAGAUGGGUUUGAGUGAGGCCGCAACCGCGGCAGCUGCUGCUGCUGAAAAUGUUGAGACAGCUGGGCGAUCAUCGGAGGACAACAACUGCUCAUAGAGACAAUAGGCUUCCGUUCUAUUUAACAACCAGAUCUCUCUGCUCUUUCUCGAUUCUCAACUCUCUUUUCUCCACAGUGAUGUUUCGGGAAUCGUAAAUUUUCCCUCUUAAAAUGGUGCUCUGGUGGAAUAAUAGAAAUGAGCAUUUCUUUGGGAAUAAUGACCUUUACUUUUCGAAGUUGACUUGAUUUCAUGUCAAAAGAAGAUGUCGUGUUUGUCGGUAUUUCUUUUACUUUGAUCUUUUACCUAUCAAGUUCUUUUUGUUGGAUAUAAGAGGCCUCUUAUAUAGUUCUUA